AUGGGGACCUGUCCGCGGCUUUUCCUGGCCGUGCUGGCACCUAAGGCACCUGUGGCCAGCAGCCUUGCCCCUGCAGGCGCCAGACCGGCAUGGAUGAGGAAAGAUCAGCCUCACACUCAAAAGCAAUUUGUCUUUGAAAAGCCAUCAGAGGUGGAGCGCAAAGUUCCUGAGGCAGGUGUGAUAGACAAGCCUGGUGCGUAUGAGCUCAGCAAAGUACCAACUGGCAUUUCGAGGAUUCAUUUGAUUCCUGGCUUUAUUGACUCAGAACAAGCAGACUGGAUGUUUGAACAACUCCUCCAAGACAUACCCUGGGGUCAGAGAACUCACAUCAGACAGGAAGCAUCUUUUGAGGAACCAAGGCUUACCUCCUGGUAUGGGGAACUUCCUUACACAUACUCCAGGAUAACAAUGCAGCCAAACCCAAAUUGGCAUCCUCUGCUGACCAUGCUAAAGGAGCGCAUUGAAGAGUUCACUGGCCGUACCUUCAACUCUCUUCUCUGCAACCUCUACCGAAACGAGAAGGAUAGCGUAGACUGGCACAGUGACGAUGAACCAUCACUGGGAAAAAAUCCUGUCAUUGCCUCACUUAGCUUUGGUGCUACCCGGACCUUUGAGAUGAGGAAGAAACCCUCCCCG